GUUAGAUUGCGCCGAAUAUCUUCUCCGCUCCCCCGCGCUCAUCGUUUCAAUCGCAGCCGGGGCGCAGGCACGUCUGAACCGCUUUUUUUUUUACAUACAUACAUACAUACAUAAUCCAAAAGGAACCGAGUGGCUACAUGUAUGAAGAAGAGGAGGCUUUUUUGAAGCGUUUCCUGCGGCGAGCUUGUGCCAAGGAGCCCGAACAGGUAGCGAGCGCGACGAUGGUGAGCGACGACACCGCAUCCACACCGGUUUGUUUACUAUGUGCUGAGACCCACACCAACUUCGUGUUGCUUUUCACACGCCACGGGAGGAUUCAUUCAUUGCCAGUGCAUGCAAGCGCAGAUGACUCCUUACUAGCCGUGAUAUCUCGUAGCCACGAGGGUCCCGGUGAGAUGGGAAAAUCUGUGAACAUCCCCAAGGAGGACCACGAGAAGAUGAAGGAGCUUUUUAAGAUAAACCAGUUCAACCUGAUAGCCAGCGAUAUGAUUGCACUCAACAGGAGUUUGCCGGACGUCCGGUUGGAUGGCUGUAAGACCAAGAUAUACCCAGACAACUUGCCAAACACCAGCAUCGUCAUUGUGUUUCACAACGAGGCUUGGAGUACGUUGCUGCGGACAGUCCACAGUGUUGUCAAUCGCUCUCCCAGACACUUAAUCGUGGAAAUUGUGCUCGUGGAUGACUUCAGUGAGCGAGACUUCUUAGGGAAAAAGUUGGAGGACUAUGUGCAGACCCUUGAGGUGCCAGUGAAGAUCCUGAGGAUGGAGCAGCGCUCAGGUCUCAUCCGGGCCAGAUUAAGGGGGGCAGCUGCCACGAAAGGUCAGGUCAUCACCUUCCUGGACGCCCACUGUGAGUGUACUGCGGGAUGGCUUGAACCCUUGCUCGCCCGCAUCAAAGAGGACAGGACAGCAGUGGUGUGCCCCAUCAUCGAUGUUAUCAGUGACGAGAGCUUUGAAUACAUGGCAGGCUCAGAUAUGACCUACGGCGGAUUCAACUGGAAGCUGAAUUUCCGCUGGUACCCCGUUCCCCAGCGGGAGAUGGAUCGACGGAAGGGCGACAGAACACUUCCUGUCAGGACCCCCACCAUGGCAGGAGGGCUAUUCUCCAUAGACAAAACAUACUUUGAAGAAAUAGGAAGCUAUGAUCCAGGGAUGGAUAUCUGGGGUGGAGAGAACUUGGAGAUAUCUUUCAGAAUCUGGCAGUGCGGCGGUUCCUUGGAGAUUGUCACGUGUUCCCAUGUUGGCCACGUGUUCCGGAAGGCUACUCCUUACAGUUUCCCCGGAGGAACGGGCCAAGUCAUCAACAAAAACAACAGGCGGCUGGCAGAAGUCUGGAUGGAUGAUUUCAAAGAUUUCUUCUAUAUCAUAUCACCAGGAGUGAUGCGAGUGAACUACGGGGACGUCUCUUCUCGCAAAGCCCUCCGCGGGGCCUUGAUGUGCAGACCCUUCUCCUGGUAUCUGGAGAACAUCUACCCAGACUCCCAGAUCCCAAGAAGAUAUUACUCGCUUGGGGAAAUCAGGAAUGUUGAGACCAACCAAUGCGUAGACAACAUGGGACGAAAGGAGAACGAGAAAGUUGGCUUCUUCAACUGCCACGGCAUGGGUGGAAACCAGGUGUUUUCAUAUACGGCGGACAAAGAAAUACGCACAGACGACCUCUGUUUGGACGUCUCGCGUCUCAACGGGCCUGUCGUCAUGCUCAAGUGUCACCACAUGAAGGGCAAUCAGAUGUUUCAGUACGAUGCCGAGAGACUCACCUUGCUGCACGUGAACAGCAACCAGUGUUUGGACAUGCUGUUGGAGGAGGAGAAGAUGGUCCCGACCUUGAGGGACUGCAACGGAAGCCGCUCCCAGCAAUGGCUGCUCCGCAACAUGACCCUGAGUCUAUGAUUCCUCGGCCAUUCUGUCGUCUUAUCACUGAGUCCAGAUUCUCCACGCCUUCAUCAGGUGGCUCCAGCCUUACUCCUCUUUUGCUAAUUGCCUCCGUCAUCAUUUAUAGAGAACCCUGUAGCACCUGGUCAUCUUGCACUUUGGAGGAUUUUCCUUUUACAGCUCACUUCAGGUUCAAGAGAUGCUGCCCUUCGGGCUACAUAACAAGCACCAGAACUGGCAAUUAAAUCUGCAGCUAGCUGUACAAACACUGCUCGGAAAACCACUGCUUAGCUGCUGGACAUUGACAAAAAGGAGCAUCUGUGUUUCAGUGUGCAAGACUUUGAGUCCACUGAUGUCCUGGUACGAUCCUUUAAACAACACAAUCCCUGUUGAUGUACUGUAAAAGUAAAUCAUCCUUCUUUCAUAUCAGUGAUUUGCAGCUAAAUGAAACUGUUAAUUAUCCAGGGAACAUGGGCUAUUGAAGGCAGAUACCCAUGUCAAUGUUUGACAAUUCAAAAAAAAAAAAAAAAAAAAAAAAAUGCUCAUGAUAUAUCAUCUUAUAUUUUAUAUAAGUUUUGAUGUGCGAAUAUACAUAUAUUGAACUAAAACAGUUUGGGUUUUAAGGUUUGUAACAAGGUCAGACCCCAAAGAUGUAACUGAGCGUUGUUGUAAUAUACCAACAGUCUCUAUUCGGGAUGCACCAAUACCACUUUUUUAGACAUGGUACUUACAGUUCAGUACUCGAUGAUACCAAGUACCGAUACUUGAUAAUGUCGUUACGUUUCGCAAUUGUGAUGAAAAAACUCAGUUUUCUUGAACAUUGCAUAAGUUUCACUGAAAUAUAACACUUUUCAGAGUAACAAAUUCUCAUUACUGACAUUUCAAAUAUCCAACUGUUUGUUUUUCUUACAGUCUUGCAACAAAUUUCCCUUAAUGUAGCCUGUAAGACAAGGCAUUUUAGUUCCUAACUAAAACCGUGGCAGGACAACUGAAGUGAUAAUCACACCGCUUGAUCGCUUACUUCUCUUUACUCUUUACUUUACUUUACAAAAACUUUUAAUGAAGCAUGUUAUGUAUUAGUUCUAGAAUUGCCACAGCUAUCUAAGUAACAGUGAAGCGAUCAAAGGAUCCAUAACUGAUUUAAUGAGCCAUUCACAGUUUCACUUUAGAGGUCGGUGUGUACUUAGAUUUACAUGCCUUAAUCUUUGAGAUUAUAUGGAUAUGCUACUGGUAGGAUCAACAAGCAUUUCAACAAGGUUUCGGUGUCGAGGUAUCGGAGCAUUUCUAUGAGUACAUGUAAAACCCCAAUUCCAAUGAAGUUGGGACAUUGUGUUAAACAUAAAUAAAAACAGAAUACAAUGAUUUGCAAAUCAUGUUCAACCUAUAUUUAAUUGAGUACACUACAAAGACAAGAUAUUUAAUGUUCAAACUGAUAAACUUGAUUGUUUUUAGCAAAUAAACAUUAACUUGGAUUUUUAUGGCUGCAACACGUUCCAAAAAAUCUGGGACAGGUGGCAAAGGAGACGGAGAAAGUUGAGGAAUCCUCAUCAAACACGUGUUUGGAACAUCCCACAGUUGAACAGGCUAAUUGGGAACAGGUGGGUGCAAUGAUUGGGUAUAAAAGGAGCUUCCCUGAAUUGCUCAGUCAUUCACAAGCAAAGAUGGGGCGAGGUUCACCUCUUUGUGAACAAGUGCGUGAGAAAAUUGUCGAACAGUUUAAGGACAAUGUUCCUCAAGUUACAAUUGGAAGGAAUUUAGGGAUUUCAUCAUCUACGGUCCAUAGUAUCAUCAAAAGGUUCAAAGACUCUGGAGAAAUCACUGCAUGUAAGCGGCAAGGCCGAAAACCAACAUUGAAUGCCCGUGACCUUCGAUCCCAAAAACCGCAUCAAAAACCGGCAUCAAUGUGUAAAGGGUAUCACCACACGGGCUCAGCAACACUUCAGAAAACCAAUGUCAGUAAAUACAGUUCGGUGCUACAUCCGUGAGUGCAACUUGAAACUCUACUAUGCAACUACUACUCUACUAUUUAUCAACAACACCCAGAAACGCCGCCGGCUUCUCUGGGCCCGAGCUCAUCUAAGAUGGACUGAUGCAAAGUGGAAAAGUAUUCUGUGGUCCGACGAGUCCACAUUUCAAAUUGUUUUUGGAAAUUGUGGACGUCGUGUCCUCCGAGCCAAAGAGGAAAAGAACCUUCCGCAAAGUUCAAAAGUCAGCAUCUGUGAUGGUAUGGGGCUUAGUUAGUGCCAAUGGCAUGGGUAACUUACACAUCUGUGAUGGCACCAUUAAUGCUGAAAGGGACAUACAGGUUUUGGAGAAACAUAUGCUGCCAUCCAAGCAACGUCUUUUUCAUGGACGCCCCUGCUUAUUUCAAUGCCAAACCACAUUCUGCACAUGUUCCAACAGCGUGGCUUCGUAGUAAAAGAGUGCGGGUACUAGACUGGCCUGCCUGCAGUCCAGACCUGUCUCCCAUUGAAAAUGUGUGGCGCAUUAUGAAGCGUAAAAUAUGACAACGGAGACCCCGGACUGUUGAACACCUGAAGCUGUACAUCAAGCAAGAAUGGGAAAGAAUUCCACCUACAAAACUUCAAUAAUUAGUGUCCUCAGUUCCCAAACGUUUAUUGAAUGUUGUUAAAAGAAAAGGUGAUGUAACACAGUGGUAAACAUGACCCUGUCCCAGCUUUUUUGGAACGUGUUGCAGCCAUAAAAUUCUAAGUUAAUGAUUAUUUGCUAAAAACAAUUAAGUUUAUCAGUAUGCACAUUAAAUAUCUUGUCUUUGUAGUGUAUUCAAUUAAAUAUAGGUCGAUCAUGAUUUGCAAAUCAUUGCAUUCUGUUUUUAUUUAUGUUUAACACAACGUCCCAACUUCAUUGGAAUUGGGGUUGUACAAACGUACAGUCUCGGCACAUAUACCAAUCCUGAUAUUGGUAUCGGUGCAUCCCAAGGGUUUAUAACAAAAACUAAAGAAGAGGGAGGAAAAGGCCCAAAAUUCAUGGGACAAGAAGCAGAAUGAAAAUAUGUCCCAUCCGAUCACACAAAGGAACAAAAGGAACAAUCUUGCAAACUCAUUGGGAGCUGAUUACCAAUAACUCCCAGGUGCGCACCUCCUUCCUCCUAAGGGAACAAGGGAAACAAAAACAAAGGUUAGAGCCAACUGACAGAAAAAAAUAAUAAAACUCAGAACUUUGGGCGAAAUUAUGUCUCUGGGUGAGUAUUUCCCAUGGCAAUGGUUGAAUGACAUUUAAAGGUAGCUGUUGCUAGGAGAUGCACCGUAAACUUUGUGGAACAUAUCGAAGAGAGGAGUCUUAUGAGCUCCCCAAAGCACAACUGUAAUCAAAAAGUCAGCAGUCAAUCAGCUGUCCUUAGGCAACGUUGAACAUUUUGCCGCAAUCAUGUAGCUACCUGCCACUUGUCUACCUGUGUACCUUUAAUUAUUUUGAGGGUCUGCCAAAACAUAUUUGAUUAUUACAUCAACAACGUCAUUAAUGUAUGCGCCCUGGAGAUAGAAAUCUUGCAAAGCAUGUCAGUCUGAAUACUAUGGAGCCCCAGACAUGACGUGGAAAAAAAAAUUACUAGUUCGUGCACACAAAUUAGUGGUUUGUGCGCACAAGCUACGAAUUUGUAUGCACAAACUACUACUUCGUGGUCACAAACUACUUAUGCGCACAAAAUAGUUACAGCGUGCGCACCAAGUAAUUGUGCGCGUGAAGUGGUAAUUGUGUGCACGAAGUAACGGUGACUCCAUACUGGACUGGAGGGUAACCAAAUCGAGCACGCUUUUACGGACUUGCUGCACGUGACGCAGCCGAAACUGCAAGACACAUGCGAUGACUUCAGGGUAAGUUUAUUUUCUUAUCAUGUUCUCGUCAAUAUCCCUGUCCAAUGUGUAGCUUACGAGCUUUAGCCUCGCUUCGACCUUCAACUUCGAAGGGUGCGCUCGAUUUGCUUACCCUCCUGUCCAGUUUGGAGCCGGCGUUACUUCGUGCACACCCUGUAACUAUUUCGUGAGCACAAACAAGUACUUCGUACGUAUAAAAUAACUAUUUUCUGCGCACAAGGUGGUAGUUCGUGCGCACAAAGUAAUAGUUCGUCUGCACGAUGUAGUAGUUCGUGCGCACGAAAUAGUUUAUUGUAGUAGUUUGUGACCACAAAGUAGCAGUUCAUGCACACGAUGUAGUAGUUAGUGCGAACAAAAGGUUUUUUUUUUCCCCCCUCAUGUCAUGUCCGGGGCUCUGUAGUACAAAUUCUCAUUACACGUGAAAAAAAAAAAUAUAUAUAUCUUAACUGGUUAUAGAUGUUGUACUUUGUUACAGAUUGGAAGACUUGAACAAAAAAGUUCAGGUGUCCAUCAUUAUUUUCAGACAAAAGGAAAUGUCGUAUUUCAUCAAACAGUGGCCUCAACUCUGGUAAUUGUGGUGUGUGUCCCAAAAUAGAUGCCGCUGUUUUUCCCCUCAGGAUACUAAAAAUUGUGGUAACUGUAACUACCACGUUCAUAGACACAGACAUUGUUCUCCCAUGGACAUGAAAGACUUAACUGCUGAGCUCAUUUCCACUUUGUUGCAAACCAAAAUGGCAGCAAAGCACAGAAACUCCGUCCGACUAAUUCAAGUUCUGGACUCUAGCUCCCACUUGGGACUUCGCAUCACCUCAAAAUCAGUAGUACAGCACAGCAGAAGAUUUAAGCUGAAGAAUUAUCGCUAUACAUGUGAAAGAAACAAAGUCUGUACAACUUCCAUCCAUCCAUUUUCUGAGCCGCUUCUCCUCACUAGGGUCGCGGGCGUGCUGGAGCCUAUCCCAGCUGUCAUCGGGCAGGUGGCGGGGUACACCCUGAACUGGUUGCCAGCCAAUCGCAGGGCACAUAGAAACUAACAACCAUUCGCACUCACAGUCAUGCCUACGGGCAAUUUAGAGUCUCCAAUUAAUGCAUGUUUUUGGGAUGUGGGAGGAAACCGGAGUGCCCGGAGAAAACCCACGCAGGCACGGGGAGAACAUGCAAACUCCACACAGGCGGGGACGGGGAUUGAACCUCGCACCUCAGAACUGUGAGGCUGACGCUGUAACCAGUCGGCCACCGUGCCGCCCUGUACAACUUUAACUGAAAAAAAAAAAUGCAAUUGAAAUUUAGAAUGAAUUCUAACACAUCUUCAAAUUGGGCACUUAAUAGUAGCUGUGAAUGUGCCUUUUACAAUAUUUCUUUAUUCUGUAGGUAGGUUUUGUUAGAACCUAUUAAUAUUACCCAUUUCACAACACAGUGAUCUUUUAUGAAUGAAUGCUGCUUAAAGACUGAAUCCCUGCUAAGUGCCUGCUCGGCAUACAGACCAAAAUUCAGUCACUGUUGUCAUACCACUCUCCCGUUUAUUUUAUUUAUUUAUUUGAAAUUUGCUUAAAUGUGUGAUAUUAUAAUUGGGCUGUAUUGUUUCAGUGUACUGGUCCCAAAGUGAUGUUGCCUGAUUGUACAGUCUGCCUUUUUAGAGAAAAAUAGAAGAUUAAAGAUUAAAACAUAUUUUAAAAAGUGUAAAUGAAAGGAGCAUCUGCCCAUCAACAAUGAUUAUCCUUGUACAACUAUAGGGACAGUGGAAGACCAUUAAAUGGUGUCUACUUCAAGUACCACUUACUGUACCUUUUGAUGACAAGAUGCACUGCCUCCUGCCUCCCACCCCCUUGCCUGACAAUCUGGAUUAAAUGGUGCAGUAUUUUCCAUUUUGCUUUCACCAA